CUUCCACACAAUUUGUGCGAUUGGCAUUGUGAAAUAGGACCAUUUGUUUAGUGUUUAUACAUUAACUACUACUAUCAUAAACAAAAUAAGGACGCAACCGAAAUGUUUGACAUGAAAAAAUUUCAAGACAAUCCAGCAUGGCGUCGAAAAUUGCUCAACAAUUUGCUCAAGGAUCGGCCACGACCAGCCGUUCCGAAACCACAAGCAGAAUCAUUCGAUCGACGUCCCAGUUUGGGUAUUGCUCUGGAUUUCCCAGCUCUAAUACAGGCUCGUAAAGCUGAGCUGGAAGUGAAGCGGCAACAGCGACAAAAUAAAACUAGUUCGUCAAUAGAUUCAGAGAUUAAAAACGAAAACAUGUUUCAACCCGAAGAGGAUACAACGAAACAGUUGGCAGAUGAUAGUUUCGAUGUGCUCGAACGUAUGUGCGAUAAGACCGCCUCCGAUCCAGAUAGCACACUAUUCCAAUAUUUGCACAGCGAUGAUAAGGAACAGGUAUUGGCUAUAGCCAAGAGGCGCAGCUCUGGUUCAGAUAAAUCUGGUGACAUAGAAACGGCGGCUUUGUGCCGCAUGCUGGAGGAUCUAGGGGAUCAGGAUCAAUUGUGCAACGAAAGUCCGCUAAAGAGUGCCGAAUGCACACAGCUGGAGGAUGUUGAAGCGCCAUCACGUUUCUGGGAUAACGAUUCCUUGCUCAAUGGCACCGAUUCACUUUUCCAGCCAAAGACAGAGACAUCGCCUGUAAAAAUGGUCGGCUUGUUGCGUCCCUCAACUAUAUUGGAGGCCAGUGAAGCCGAUCUCACAGGCUUGCAAUCUGAUGAAUCAUGCUCUCUCAACAGCAGCUUUCUGACUGCCAAUACGCUCAAAACAGAGCAAGGUGAGGAUGAGACGAGUGCAUCUGGCUCAAGCUGCUACGAGACGGCCGCAGACAAUUCAUUGGCGAGCAGCUCGAAAGAGGCUACAACAACGUUGAACGUUGAUGACUUGUUUUAUGCGGCCAUCGCCAAGGCUAAGCCACAUGGCAUAUCCAAGGGUGAGCAGCAAGAGCUAUUGGUUGACUUGCAGGAGACUUUAUUAGAUCUGGCACUCACCGAUGCGGCGGAUAACACCAUUAUUGAAUUGUCCUCAUCCAGCGAAAAUGAAGAAGACGAGCAUGAAGAGCAGCUGGAAAAUGAAAGCAUCAAAAAGGAGGAAUUAUCGUUAAUUGAUUCAAAUGCGGAGGAAGAUAAGGAAAACAAGUCAAUGCGUUUAAAUGGCACCAUAGAGGAAAUGGAAUAUAUGCUGAAAAAAGCUCAGGAAUACAUGGAAGCCAAAAAGGAUUCACCAGAGCACCAAUCAGAUCCAAACAUAAUACAUUUGCAUCAGAAGCCAAUGAAACAGAAUACUUUUGUGAUGUCGCCCCAAAAAGAAUCUGAGUCUCAGCUACCCCAAAGCAGCUCCAAGCUGCUGACGGCCUCUGGAAGAUCGCGCCACUUAAUAAAUAUGGAUCAGCCGAAAAGCAAAUUCUUCAAGCAGCCCACGUCUAUACCCAUGCGUCGCCUCUUAAAGCAUCAGAAAGAUAAUUUCGCACACAUUGUUAGUCCUAUACGUACCUAUACCCAAAAGUCCGGCACUGCGCCCCUAAUGAGCAUGUUCCGCGAGAAAGCAAAUAAUCUGAGCGUCUUGCAACUGGAGGAAGAGUCACAGCUGUGCCAGUUUAAUAGGGGACAUAUACCCCCAUUGGGUAAUGGCAACUCAUCAAAGCUUAGUCUUGAUUGUUUUAAUCCCUCUGCUCCGUUCCUGCCCAAGAAGGCAUACAUUUCUUCUGAGUUGAAGCAGGUCGUUGAUGAACGUACUCCCGUGCCGAUGCCGAGUGUGUCGAAAAUUCAAAAGUAUUUGAACUCAGCUGCCGAGCCAUCAGUGCUGCGUCAUGAUGGCAAAAUGAAGAUGCCUGGUCAGAGCUGCAGCAACAUCAACAAGAAUGCAUCGCACAUACCGCGCCGUCCUAAUCAAAGCUUGGCAGAUUUGUCGCUGGCCUCGGGCGACAUCUCUUUGUAUACGCUCAAGGAUGCUCAGAAAUUUUAAUUAUUAUUGUUGAAAAUAUGGUGAGAAGAGAAAACGAUUCGAAAGAAUUUCAUAAAGCGAAUCGCAAUUAGAUUUUAAUUUUGUAACAAAUAAACAUUACGAUAUAACACACACGCAAUAACAAUUAGUAACUAGUA